AAACCCCCUUUCGCUUAGGAUUAAAGAUGGUUGUACGAGUGGGGAUAAUCAUAUAAUAGAGAGGUCUUCUUAAACGCGGACACGAUUCUUGCGUUUCAGAUCUGUAGUCGCUCUUGCCAAGUUAACGUAUCUAUACAUAAAUUUCACAUUGCCAUGAACGUCAAGGUGACUUUUAUUAUCCUGUCUGUGCUGUUGGUUGCAACAUUGGCACAAGUAUCUCAUAAGGAGGGAAACUGCCCAUUGAGAAACAGUGUCAGUAAAUGCAAUCCAAGCUGUCAGAGUGAUCAUCAGUGUAAUUUCAAUCAAAAAUGUUGUCCUAACAAGUGCGGCCAUUCGUCCUGCGUUACUCCUAGUGCUGUCAAUACAGGCAGUGAUGGCGGAUACAAAGGAUCUAAUAAAGACUCUGCUGUUUACUGUGCUGGAGUGCGAUGCAGUGCGUUUGAAAAAUGUCAGCUGGAUCGUACUACUAAACGUGAGAAAUGCGUCCGUGCUUAAAUAUCAUAAGUAACGUAAUCAUAAAAAGAAAAACGAUUAGAAGCUGAGAAUUUUGCCUGGAGUACAGAUCAGAAUAGAGAGUAAUAAAAGAAGCAAGAAGAAAAUUGUUGAAAUAAUCUAUAAAAUAGUAAUAUCUUUGUGGAUAUUCAAUAAUGCAUUGUAUAAAGAUUAUUAAACGGAAUAUAUAAAUAUUAUACGAUUAA